UGCUGGGACUACAGCUGUGAGCCACCGCACUUGGCCUAACUUAAAUUUUUAAAACACUUCCUGGAGGGGACAAACAGGACCCAUCUGCUGGUCUGACUCUGGGUGUCCUGUUCACAGUCUCUGCCUUAAGUGUUCUAUGUGUGGGAUGAAGGGAGCCAAGGAGACAGGGCAGGGCAGGGACCCUCAAGAAAAGCAGGGAGAGGGGAAGGGAUGGUACAAGCAGCCAUGGCACCUCAGUGUGUCCCUCAGGCACCUGGACACACAGGUGGGCAAAGACGCUGACAUUGGGGGCCAGAAACGCUGAUACCCCCAUUCUUCCCUUUGUACUCAGUCUCAGGUGGUCCCAAGGAGGGGACCUUCCUGGCCUUGCUGUGCUCACAGGCUCUCCUUUGUGUUUCCAGCUGCAGAGACAGUACCCUGGGCCAUGCAGCUGCCUUCCUCUCCCGGGGAAAGGGGCAGGAUGGCUGCCCAGAUGAGUGAGGCAUCAGCCCUGGCCCCCAGGUCUUCCAGAGUCCACUGGAACUGAUGGUGGGUGAGCCCAGCUCCAAGAGCCCUGGCCAGUGCUCCUGGGGGUUCUGCUACGAGAAGGCAGCGGGGCCCUGGCUCAGCUGCGUGAGCUGUGUUGCCAGUGGCUGAUGCCUGAGGCCUGCUCCAAGGAGCAGAUACUGGAGCUCUUGGUGCUGGAGCAGUUAUUGGGCACACUGCUCCCGGACAUCCAGGCCUACGUGCAGGAGCAGUGGCCAGGCAGCCCUGAGGAGGCCACUGCCCUGGCGGAGUGGCUACAGCAGGAGUCAGCUGGGCCAGGACUCCAGAUGAGUGGGGGCUGGGUGUGCUUCCCCUGCUCACGACCCCGGCUGAGCUAGCACUGGGGCCAGUGGGGGAUUGGUGGCUGAGAGGGCCUGGGGGCUGUGGGAAAGGGAUGGUGACAGGUGGGAUUUGGUGGUCUUGGCUUGGGCGGCAGAGUCAGAGAUCUCCAGUCCACACCUGUGUGCUCUGCACUGUGUCCUGAGAACUGCAGAUGCAGAGAAGGGUGGGUCAUGCCACUGCAUGCCCCUCGUUUUCACCUCAGAUCUGCUAGGCUGAACACCUCACCCUGCCCUGCUGCCUUCCUGUCCCCAGGUGCCAGCCCCCAAUCCCCAAGAGGAGCUGGUCCCCAGGACAGAGGAGGGAAAGGAGCAAGAGGCUCCCCUGGGCCCCUUCCAGGCCCCACCUCCAGGUACGGCACCAUCCACACACUUGUCCCUGCCCUGCCUUGGCAGCGGGGCUGGAGACUACACAAGGAUGAUAAGGUGCUCAGGGCAAAUGGGGAUGGGUUUUGCUCGCUGUAGAGACUUCACUGUGGGAAGGAUCGGCUGGACAGGCAGGCAUGGCCUCAGGACCAAGGAGGCCUUCCCACCCUUGGCCUCUCUCUCUCUCUCAGGGAUCUGGGCUGCACAGCCACCCCAUGCCUUGGACCACCUGGUCUGACCUGCACAGAGGCCUGGUGUGGACAUUGCCUGGGUAACAGCCACUGAGAUCCUCCAGCCUGGACAUGCUGCCCAUAUUGUGUGGAGGGGACUACCCAGCGAUCCAGCCAGGGUGGAGUGGGUGAGGCAGACAUAGCUGUGUUUGGGUCAGGCGGUGUCCUCCAGCCUCCUGGAAUGGAGACGGGUCCAUCGUCUUCCUCACAAACUGGAGUCUCCACCUGCUUGGCACGGGGCCCCACCCCGUCAAGCAAGGGGAGGAGAGUGGUGCCACAGUAGGGCCAGUGCAGGUGCGUGGGCAGCUUUGAGUCCUUCCCCGAUGCUGGCGCCCCCUCCCCUCCUGCUGAGCCGGGCCGGGUGUGGGGAUGUGCACGUGGCCCUGUCAGGCAGGCCCAGAGUGCUGGCCCGUCCCCUGAGUGUCUAGCUCGCCUGCUGGCCUUGCUGCUCCAGGCUCCAGAGGGCACUGGGCAUCCACGGCCCUGGAGGAGAAGAGUGGGGGAUGACAGCCCACCCACCGUCGUGUCCCCCUCUGUCUGGUGUUCUUUAUAUUCUCUAAGGCACUUGCCUUUUCUCUCCUGUUUUAGGUCACAGGCGCGAGAUGGAGUCCCCAGGAGGGUGGACGCUGCAGGUGGCCCCAGAGGAAGGCCAGGGCCUCUGCAAUGUGAAGACUGCCACGAGGGUCCCCUCUGAGGGGGCUGUGUCUGGAGGCUGGGGGGCCUGGGAGAACUCCACGGAGGUCCCCAGGGAGGCAGGGGACGGUCAGCGGCAGCAAGCCACACUGGGGGCGGCGGAUGAACAGGGAGGCCCCAGCAGGGAGCUGGGCCCCGCAGACGGUGGGCGGGACGGGGCUGGGUCCGGGAGCGAGCCUGCAGACCGGGCGUUGCGCCCUUCGCCUCUCCCAGAGGAGCCGGGCUGCCGGUGCGGGGAGUGCGGCAAGGCGUUCAGCCAGGGCUCCUACUUGCUGCAGCACCGGCGCGUGCACACAGGCGAGAAGCCGUACACGUGCCCCGAGUGCGGCAAGGCCUUCGCCUGGAGCUCCAACCUCAGCCAGCACCAGCGCAUCCACAGCGGAGAGAAGCCCUACGCUUGCGGGGAGUGCGGCAAGGCCUUCCGCGCGCACUCGCAGCUCAUCCACCACCAGGAGACGCACAGCGGCCUGAAGCCCUUCCGCUGCCCGGACUGCGGCAACUCCUUCUGCCGAAGCACCACGUUGGUGCAGCACCGACGCACGCACACGGGCGAGAAGCCCUACGAGUGCCCGGAGUGCGGCAAGGCCUUCAGCUGGAACUCCAAUUUCCUGGAGCACCGGCGCGUGCACACGGGCGCGCGGCCGCACACCUGCCCGGACUGUGGCAAGGCCUUCAGCCAGAGCUCCAACCUGGCCGAGCACCUGAAGAUCCACGCGGGCGCACGGCCACACGCCUGUCCCGACUGCGGCAAGGCCUUCGUGCGUGUGGCGGGGCUGCGGCAGCACCGGCGCACGCACAGCAGCGAGAAGCCCUUCCCCUGCGCCGAGUGCGGAAAGGCUUUCCGCGAGAGCUCGCAGCUCCUGCAGCACCAGCGCACGCACACUGAUGAGCGGCCCUUCGAGUGCGCCGAGUGCGGCCAGGCUUUUGUCAUGGGCUCCUACCUGGCGGAGCACCGGCGCGUGCACACGGGCGAGAAGCCCCACGCGUGCGCCCAGUGCGGCAAGGCCUUCAGCCAGCGCUCCAACCUACUCAGCCACCAGCGCACGCACUCGGGCGAGAGGCCCUACGCUUGCGGCGAGUGCGGGAAGCCUUUCAGCCACCGUUGCAACCUCAACGAGCACCAGAAGCGGCACGGGGGCCGCGCUGCGCUCUGACCCGAGGACGCCCUGAGCGGGAGGUCGCGGACACGCGGCACUGCGGGGUCCCGGGCGUGAGUGCGCUGUCUGCUGGCCCAGACUUUUUCAGGCCGCCGGUGCGGGCGCCCUCCUGCUGGGAGUGCAGGGGCGGCCUUGGGUGUGGAGAACCCUGGCUGCACAGUCCCUUUGACGAUAGCCCACCGGCCACCCUGGCCUGGCUGGGGACAUGUGGGAUGGGCUCUUACCCCAGGGAGGGCGGCAAGCUCCACUUUGGCGAGAGGUUCGUCCGUGCAGAGGUGGGCAAGAACUGGGGUCUCCGACAGGUGUGGCUAUUUCUUUAAGUUCUCUGGCACUGUCAAAAGCAGCCAACCCACCCCACAGUCCACAUGGUCACCAUUGCUGCUACCAGCUGCUCCGUGCAGUGGCCACUGUGUCUCCUAAGGUGCUCGCUCCAGUCAGCACUUCAUCUCGGGCAACCACAGGUGACAGUUAAACAUGAUGAAACCGCA